GCUGCGGACGCGUUCGCUCCGCCGCGACAUUGAACGCGACCUUUAACUUUUUAAUUUUUAAAACAAUUAGUCCCGUCCAUGUAGUGACGCCUUUGGCUGAAUGCACCAUGUUCAGUCACCGCCUUAGCCUAUUGGAAGAAAGUCGCGUUUCGCGCCGCGAAUAAAAAAGUUUGCAGAAACGUUUCUUAUCUAUGAUUGCUUUUGAAUUUUAUGAAGAUAACGCCUUGUGACGAUUGUUUGUUUUGUGGAAUGGUGCUAGUAAAUAAAGUACGGAUUGUUUUAUAAUUUCUACGAUUUGCGGUUGCGGUGUGUUUGGUAAGACACAAAUGAAACGACAAUGCAGACAGCAAGAGAGUCCAGCCGGCAGCGACGGAGCAACAAACGACGAAACUCCAGAAAGAAAUCCCUCUCGCCGUCCGACCUAAAAUGCUACGAUAAGUCAGACAAUCGUUCCCAACCCGAAGCGAAAGCGAAGCAUAGAAAGAGCAACAUCCGUAGGACUUUAACGCAUCCUUUUACUGGUGAUCAAGAUGCGACGAUGAUAGGAGUGUUCAACCGUGAAGUGAAGGUCCCCGUGCCUGAAAGUGAUGAGUCAAAUAUCCCUCCGACGAGUAGCGAUAGGGACACGGAGGACGAUGCGCGAGUGUUGAAGUCAGUGAUCAACCGGUCCCGGUGGGAUUCCGGGAGUGAGAUGGACUCUUUGGUGUCGACUGUGGUGAGGCGCGCCUCGGCCCGACGACGCAGGAUGCCAGCAAACCCAGAGUGGGGCGUCAGCAGUGAACCGGGCGAGGCGAGCGAGCCGGAGGCCGGUCGCAUGCGUCCCGAGGACUACCGCCUCGUGUUCCUCAGCUCCGACUCGUCGUGCCGCGAGGACACGGAGGACUCCUCGUCCACCGCCUCCUCCGCCGCGCCGCUCGCGCCCGACGACUGCGACUGGGACUACUUCGAGCCGGGCGCGGCGGCCGCGGCCCCUCCUCCCGCCAGGCACGUGCCGCAGGCCUGCCCCCGCACCUGCUCCUGCGGCGCUGAACCCCGAAUAGUCGCCGUCCCGGUCCCAGUACCCGUCCCCGUCCCCGCCGCCCUCUGGCCCGCUCUGCUAGCCUUCCCCCAACACCCCCCGACGCCACACUGGAACACCUACCCCGGCUUCCCGCCCCUCGAUGCGGCAGCCCUCGCCCGCCUCACGACGGCCGCCGCUGUCGCCGUCACCGCCGCCGCCACCGCCACCGCCAACGCCAACGCGCUCCCCCAAACGAAAACGCUCGAAAUGACCACCGUAGAAAGGACCGAUAAAGCUAUACAGUCCGAAACGUCACAAGCGGAAUCUCGCGAUAACGAUACCACUGAUAACGUUAUUGAACGGCCGGUAGAAUGCGAAACGUCAGACGAAAUAAAGGUGAUUGCAAAACAGGACUUAUCAGUAUUGUCGGAGGCUCCGGACGCGAUGCCCGAACAUUUGGACGCCGAGAAAGCGUUUAUAUCGUCGAACGAAUCCGGUGAUUCUAGUGAUUCCGAUGCGGGCGUGGAGAGGCGCAGCUAUGACUUGACGAGCGGGGCGCCGGAGGAGCCGGCCACCUCGGACGAGGACUCGGACGACUCCGGGGGCGGCGGCGGGCAGUUCUCGCGAGUGUUCGUCGUCAACCCCGCCGACUCCUCCUCCGACAUGGAAGACAACGCCGACAGCAGCGGCAUCGACUGUGAUGAUUCCUACGACAAAAAGUCUGAUAGCUUAGAAAUUGCCGUUGAAGUGAUUAUGCAAAAUGAAGUCAACAUUAAUGAAGAAAGCGAGAACCAAAACCGAGACAACAUUGUGCUUUUAGAGUCAGUUAAGUUAAACGAAGAUAUCCCCGUUAUCCCAUAUGGAAGUGGCGACGAAAACAGUGAAUUGAAAAAAUCAAAUUUUAUGAAAUUUUGUAACGAAAACAUGCUCCGAAGCGAAACCUGUGAAAAAUUUAAUAGCUUUAAUGCAUCGUGUAGUACGGAUUAUAGCACUUUAGAUAGCAACGAAAAUAAAGAUAAUGAUAGCAAUAGAAGUAUUACUCCAUCAGAAAACAACGAGUGCGACUCGCUGGACGAUGCGUUUACCACAGAAAGUGACAUGAAAGUAAAAGUUUCCGCCGAGUUGCCUAAUGAGAAACAUAACAAUGAGGAAUUAAUUUCUAACGAAAUUUCGCACGGGUUGUUGACGAAAUUAUCGCCAUCGCCCGAGCCCGCGACUGAUAACUCAAGUUUGCCGCCUGUUGAAAAAAUAGACCUGUUUAAAGGUAUCGAACGUACGCUCAGUGAACUAUUGAAGAAAGAAUUACUGGAAGAGCAAGAGGAGGAGAAAAUGCACGGUGCGGGGCCGGUUUGUUUAGAGGCGGGGGGCGCGGGCGCACCUGCCGCGGCCGCGAUGUCAACAGUUUGCCGCUCGCGCACGGCCGGCACGGACGGCUCCGCGCGCUUCACUAGCCGCGUUAUGAUAACACACGAUCGCGUCUCCGUCGUCACGUCGGAUACGACACGGCUCAUGCGCGACAUCACAGUGCACCACACCAACUCGGUGAACGAAACAGACCCCAACGCGAGCUCCCAGCAAAACGAUAAUGACGAACGAAUGUCCGACGACGAAGCGCCGCAGCCUUCGGGCGGCGUGACGGUUGUUAGCAACGCCGACACUCUCUCGGCCGUCGUGUGUCUCGAGGAGGGGCUCGCCGACGACGACUCUUGGGUCGAGGACGUCAGCCAUGACGAGGACGAGGCCACCUCGCCCUCCGAUUCCGACUCGGGGGAUGAAGCGACCCUACCCACGCGGGGUGAAGAGUUCUCAUAUUGUCGGCGGUCCUUAGACUUCACCUUACACACGAUUGUCGAAGAAAGCUGUGAAGAAAGUGAAUCGGAGCAUACAGUGAAAAAACCGCGACCCAUAUCGGCUACCGAGUUGGAAAAAUAUUUCUUUUUCGGUCUCGGUGAUGGUAGAAAUAUUCGAGACGAUGAGGAGCCUAUGUCUGAAACGUCAAGUGUGUGCAGUGAGGGUGCGGAGUCUAUAGUUGAUAAUGAGCAACCAGAGAGAAGUGGGGACAACGACGAGCUGGUAUCAUCACGAUUGGAAAAAUAUUUCUUGUCUGGAUUUAUGGGCUUUAAUCAGGAAAGGCGCGACUCAGAUGGCUCAGGUAGCGUUGGUAGUGAUAGUGAGGGAAGACAGAGUCCCGAACAAAGGCGGAAACGUCCUUUACGAGCCCGUGGUACCCCCGCGCUCUCACUCAUCGUCAUUGGAUAA